AUGCGUGCAGCCAUUUUCGACGGCGAGAACGAACUCCACAGCCUCAUCCCCGAAAGAGAGAGAAACAUUCUUCGCAACUUAGACAUGAAGUCCAGAGGAACGCUUCUCCAUCAUGAGUACAACCAGUUCUUCCGAUCAUUCGUCAAGCACACACUACCUAAGGAUGACCUGUACGACGUUGUGAGAGCUUUCGACACUGCCGAUGACAUGGUGGUUCUCAAACGCUUGCUGUUGAUCGCCAACUCAGAUGGCAAAUGGGCGUGGGGGUCAUUUUGCAGGACGCUUCUGUUCUAUGCAGCGAAUGAUGAGAACGAAUGUCUAGUGGUGAUGCUACUUGAUGUCGGAGUAGAUGUCAACGCUAGCGCAAGGAGAAUUCCACCCCACCAAAACAACCUCAACGCCAUACAGAUCGCUGUCCAUAGCGGCAAAAGAAAAAUCAUUGAAACCUUGGAGAGCCGCGGUGCUACAAUAUUCACUGGGGAUCGAUACGAAGAUUUCACCUUCCUCUCGGAUGCAAGCACUCGAGGUACUAUGGACUUUGCGAAAUCAUUGCUCACUAAGGCGGCGACUUCGGAUGUCAGAACAGCUCGGAAUGGGACUAAAGUACUUAUCCUCGCUGUGGAACGGUCUCACGAUACCAUAGUCGACGUUCUACUCGAGACAGGAUUCAAUCCUUACUCCAACUUCCAUGAAGAACCAUCUCCUCUCAGAGAGUGCGCUUUCAUGGCCGCCUUACGCAUGACUAAGACCAAAUAUCUUGAAAAGUUCCUCGAAAUACCUUGCCAUCAUUUCGACAGCGACCAGCGUCAAGAGCGCCUACGACAGCUGACUGCAGGAUACGUCUCCGCUUGCUGUUUCGAAGACUUAGACCUCAAGAAUGCGAUACUGAACACCGGAUGGAAUCCAGACGAAGUCAAAGGAGUCAUGGGGUACGAUUUUGUGCAAGUAUACCUCUAUGAUGCACUGGCAGUAGCUGUUAAACGCGGCGACUGUGACAGAGUUCGGUGUCUCACCCGAAUAGGCGCCAGUCCGAACUGUCCACCGGACAUGAUCCUCGGCUGGAAUGUAAUGACCCUUCUUCAGUGGGCAAUGGAACGGGGAACAAUGUUCAUGGUGCGCCAACUGAUAGCGGCCGGUGCAGACGUCAAUCUUCUGAGUUCACGGGUACAUGAAAGUCCACUGCAAUACGCAGUGUCCACGUGGAAUCUUGUGUUAGCCAAGUUGUUAGUUGAAGCCGGAGCGAAUGUCAAUCUCUGCCCACGCAGAUGGAGCCGCAGCGCAAUUGAGAUCGCUGCUGGGAGUGGCCAAAUUGAGAUGGUUACUUAUCUCGUUGAGUCAGGAGCUGAUAUCCAGGGACGACACAACAGAAACUACAGGAGGACACUGUAUAGGGCGAAGAUGGCUGGAUAUGACUCCGUGGUCAAGUUACUACAACAAUGGAAGAAGCCCAAGUUUGGAGAGCAAGAUUGCGAUACAAUCGAUAACAUCAUGGAGACGAUGACGCUCGACGAGUUGGAGUUUCCAAGUGAAGAGGCUAGAAUCGACUAUCUGGAAAGAGGACAAUCAGAUACAGAAUCCACAAUGGACUUCACGGAUGAAGAAUGA